UCCCCCUCGGCUCCCGGUCUUGGCCGCCUCCCCCGGUGCGGGGCUGCCUCUCCUGUCCCCCAGCUGGCCCGGCCUCGGGCCUCGGCGCUGGAACCGACCGCUCCGGGGAGCGAGAGUUGGCAAUCAGUAGACUGUGCACAACGUCAAGAAGCAUCUAGCAGUGUUGAGAGAAGAUGGAAGCAAUGAAGGUGUGGCAUGAUAGUCUGAGGGUAACUGUGGUCAUGGGUGGAAAGGCCUGUCACUUCUGUGAUGAAUUUAAUCUAAUGUUGGCAUGUCAAAACACUGAAGUUUCUGAUGCUUUUUGAAAGCAAUUCACCUUCACCUUGCAACAAGAAUGAGGCCAGCUACUACAAAGAUGAAAAUGAACUAAAGACUGAGGACAUGAAGCUUCAGGCACAAGGAGAGCAACAAUAAGUAGUGGAUAAAUGUUGAUUAUCAAACAGAUGAUUGGAGAUGAGGAGCCUUCUUUGUAAGGUCUCUCCUGUAGGAAGCUGUGCUUAAACUGGUUUCUGUUGUAAGUUUACCAAAAGAUUAAGAAGAUGCCUCCAAGACCAUCAUCUGGUGAACUAUGGGGCAUCCAUUUGAUGCCACCAAGGAUCCUUGUAGAGUGUCUUCUACCUAAUGGAAUGAUAGUGACUCUAGAAUGCCUCCGUGAGGCCACACUACUGACUAUCAAGCAUGAACUCUUCAAAGAAGCAAGAAAAUACCCUCUUUAUCAGCUCCUUCAAGAUGAAUCUUCUUACAUUUUCGUAAGUGUUACACAAGAAGCUGAAAGAGAAGAAUUUUUUGAUGAAACACGGCGACUUUGCGACCUGCGGCUCUUUCAGCCUUUUUUAAAAGUCAUUGAACCAGUAGGCAACAGAGAAGAAAAGAUUCUUAAUCGGGAAAUUGGUUUUGCUAUUGGCAUGCCUGUCUGUGAAUUUGAUAUGGUUAAGGAUCCAGAAGUACAGGACUUCCGAAGAAAUAUUCUUAAUGUUUGUAAAGAAGCAGUGGAUCUUCGAGAUGUGAAUGCACCCCAUAGUAGAGCAUUAUAUGUCUGUCCGCCAAAUGUUGAAUCUUCACCGGAACUGCCCAAGCACAUAUACAGUAAAUUAGAUAAAGGGCAAAUAAUAGUGGUGAUAUGGGUAAUAGUGUCCCCGAACAAUGACAAGCAGAAAUAUACCUUAAAAAUCAACCAUGACUGUGUUCCUGAGCAAGUUAUUGCUGAAGCAAUCAGGAAAAAAACACGAAGUAUGUUGCUGUCAUCUGAACAACUAAAACUCUGCGUUUUAGAGUACCAGGGCAAGUAUAUUUUAAAAGUGUGCGGCUGUGAUGAAUACUUGCUAGAAAAAUAUCCUCUGAGCCAGUAUAAGUACAUAAGAAGUUGUAUAAUGCUUGGCCGAAUGCCCAACCUGAUGCUGAUGGCUAAGGAAAGCCUUUAUACCCAGCUGCCACUGGAUACCUUUACAAUGCCAUCUUAUUCCAGGCGGAUCUCUACAGCUACACCAUACAUGAAUGGCGAAGCGUCAGCCAAAUCUCUCUGGGUCAUAAACAGUGCUCUCAGGAUAAGAAUUCUCUGUGCCACCUAUGUAAAUGUAAACAUUCGAGACAUUGACAAGAUCUAUGUCCGAACUGGUAUCUACCAUGGAGGAGAACCAUUAUGUGACAAUGUGAAUACUCAAAGGGUACCUUGUUCCAAUCCCAGAUGGAAUGAAUGGCUGUCAUAUGACAUGUACAUUCCUGAUCUCCCACGUGCUGCUCGGCUUUGCCUUUCCAUCUGCUCUGUUAAGGGCAGAAAGGGUGCUAAGGAGGAACACUGCCCAUUGGCUUGGGGAAAUAUAAACAUGUUUGAUUAUACAGACACUCUUGUGUCUGGGAAAAUGGCUUUGAAUCUGUGGCCUGUGCCUCAUGGGCUGGAAGAUCUGCUAAAUCCUAUUGGCGUUACUGGGUCAAAUCCAAAUAAGGAAACUCCAUGUUUAGAGCUGGAAUUUGAUUGGUUUAGCAGCCCUGUAAAGUUUCCAGACAUGACCGUGAUUGAAGAACAUGCCAAUUGGACUAUAUCUCGAGAACUAGGGUUUAACUACAGCCAUGCGGGGCUGAGUAACAGGCUAGCUAGAGAUAAUGAAUUAAGAGAAAGUGACAAAGAGCAACUCCGUGCAAUUUGUACUCGAGACCCGCUGUCUGAAAUUACUGAGCAAGAGAAGGACUUCCUUUGGAGCCACAGACACUACUGUGUAAAUACCCCAGAAAUUCUACCAAAACUACUUUUGUCUGUUAAAUGGAACUCGAGAGAUGAAGUAGCCCAGAUGUACUGCUUGGUAAAAGACUGGCCUCCAAUCAAGCCAGAACAGGCAAUGGAGCUUUUGGACUGUAAUUACCCUGACCCAAUGGUGCGAGCAUUUGCAGUUCGGUGUCUGGAGAAGUAUUUGACAGAUGACAAACUGUCUCAGUACUUAAUCCAACUAGUACAGGUUCUGAAAUAUGAGCAAUAUUUGGAUAAUCUGCUGGUGAGAUUUUUACUCAAGAAGGCAUUGACCAAUCAAAGGAUAGGACACUUUUUCUUUUGGCACUUAAAGUCUGAAAUGCACAAUAAAAAUGUAAGCCAGAGAUUUGGUUUACUUUUGGAGUCCUACUGUCGAGCAUGUGGGAUGUACCUAAAACAUUUGAGCAGGCAGGUGGAGGCUAUGGAGAAACUGAUAAACCUCACAGAUAUUCUCAAGCAGGAGAAGAAGGAUGAGACACAAAAGGUACAGAUGAAGUUUCUUGUUGAACAAAUGAGGCGGCCAGAUUUCAUGGAUGCUUUACAAGGCUUUAUUUCUCCUCUUAACCCUGCUCAUCAGCUGGGAAAUCUCAGGCUUGAGGAGUGCAGGAUUAUGUCCUCUGCAAAAAGGCCACUGUGGUUGAACUGGGAAAACCCAGAUAUUAUGUCUGAACUGUUGUUUCAAAACAAUGAGAUCAUCUUUAAAAAUGGAGAUGAUUUACGCCAGGACAUGCUGACACUUCAGAUCAUUCGAAUUAUGGAAAACAUCUGGCAAAAUCAGGGUCUUGAUCUACGGAUGUUGCCUUAUGGCUGUUUGUCUAUUGGUGAUUGUGUGGGACUUAUUGAGGUGGUGAGAAGCUCGCACACAAUUAUGCAGAUUCAGUGUAAAGGUGGUCUAAAGGGUGCAUUGCAAUUCAACAGUCACACAUUACAUCAGUGGCUCAAGGACAAAAACAAAGGAGAAAUGUAUGAUGCAGCUAUUGAUUUGUUUACACGCUCUUGUGCUGGCUAUUGUGUUGCUACCUUCAUAUUGGGAAUUGGUGAUCGUCACAAUAGUAACAUCAUGGUGAAAGAUGACGGACAACUGUUUCACAUUGAUUUUGGACACUUCCUGGAUCACAAGAAGAAAAAAUUUGGUUACAAACGAGAGCGUGUGCCAUUUGUCUUAACGCAAGAUUUCUUAAUAGUGAUUAGUAAAGGAGCGCAAGAAUGUACCAAAACAAGGGAAUUUGAAAGGUUUCAGGAGAUGUGUUAUAAGGCUUACUUAGCAAUUCGGCAGCAUGCCAAUCUCUUCAUAAAUCUCUUCUCCAUGAUGCUUGGCUCAGGAAUGCCAGAAUUACAGUCUUUUGAUGAUAUUGCGUACAUUCGAAAGACACUUGCACUGGACAAAAGUGAACAAGAAGCUCUAGAAUAUUUCAUGAAGCAGAUGAAUGAUGCUCAUCAUGGUGGCUGGACAACGAAAAUGGACUGGAUCUUCCACACAAUAAAGCAACAUGCCUUGAACUGAAAUGAAAGUGAAGAAUUUAAAAAACUGAUAGCCCACUUAUGGGUGCUACACUGCACUGUUAAUAUUUGUCAGCAGCAAAGACUGGUUGCAUUGGAAUUGCACAAACCACAGACGGCAUUAGAAUUUACAGCAAGAGCAGAGAUGAAAUAUCCAGAUGUUCAAAAAUAAAAAAAAAAGGGGGGGGGGGUUUUCGGAUAGCACUAAAACUGUACACUUCAAAAUUAAGCUUUCGUGUGAUGUGCAAUUUCAUAUUAUGCCUUAAACCCAAAAAGGUAAACUUGGAAGAUUGGCAGGGGGUUUUUUUGUUUGCUUUUAAUUCGGAUAAUUUGGGAAAAGGAAAAUCAUGCUAUCAUCAAAAAUAGUCCAUCACAUAUUACAGUAGGUCUAGUAUCACUUUAAAGAUUAUGUAGGGUUUCAAAGAGUUGAAAAGGAAGCAAACUUAGUGUUUUCAUGGUUAUUUAAAUAGUAGGUAUAGUGUUGAAACUGAAGGCGUAUUCAGCUCAAAGAUUUAAAAGAUUAAAGUGAGGGGACAGUUCCUUUUAAAUUUAGUCAGAGGCAUAAUAUAUUUUGGUUUUAAUUGAACCUUUGACUUCUGGAUCUGUCAGCUGCGCCAUUUUGAAAGAAGUAGGAAACAAGCCUACUAUGUAUGGUAUUCUCCUGGACAGUAUUUGUAGGGAUAAAAUUUAUAGCUUCACAAAGAAACUCUGGUCCCCACCAUCCCAAAUGACUGGCUUAGAAAUUGAAUGGGCAGGAUAGGGUUUAGUGCAACAAAACAUUGUAGUGUUCACUUUGGGGUUUGAUUUAAUCUAACUUGAACACAAUAGAUUUUUUCACACAUGUUUUCCAGAGCCUAGCGAAGGGUUAGUUAUUAAAAUUAUUGAAAGAUUAUUUUUAUAAAGGCUAUUUAUAUAAUAGGAACUAUUAAUAUAUAUUCUUUAUUUACAUGAUUUGUCCCAUAUUCAUUCAUUUAAUUUUGCAACCCAGUUCUCUCUGUCCAAGACUCUCAUUGUCCAUCAUGUGACUGAUGGUGUUCAGCUGUACUCAUAGGACCAAAUUCAACCCUGGUGAAAAAGUACACAAGUACCACUGAAAUCAGUGGGAGAUAUACCCAGUUGUGCCAGAGGUGAACUUGGCCCAAGUCUCUUCAAAGAAUCUCAGGCAAUAUUCUUAACAUUACUUUGGGCUGGUCUAUAAUACCAUGGUAAGUUGACCUACGUUAUGCUACUUUAGUUACGUGAAUAACGUAACUGAAGUUGACAUAGAUUAGGUCAACUUAUUGCAGUGUCUACACCACUUUGUGUUGAUGGGAGAUGCCCUCCCUCCGACGUACCUUGCUCUUCUCAGGGAGCUGGAAUACAGGAAUCAAUGGGAGAGCACUCUGCCAGCAACUUAUUGGGUCUUCACCAGACCCACUAAAUCAGCACUGCUACAUCAAUUGCAGCAUUGCUGAUCUACCAGUAAGUGUAGACAUGGCCUAAGUGAUAUGCUGGCUGUUCAAGGAAUGUAUGGUUAAACUCUCAGCCUCUGGGUCCACCUUUUCUCUCUCUUUCUAGCUGCUUAAUCCCUAUAACCAACACAUGAGAAAUAAGUUUGGAUUUUCAAAAUGAUCACCAGCUACUUACAGCAAACACUUUGGAAAGCUCACAGCAUAUAGAGCUGCAAAACAAACAUUUUAUAGCAUGCAUGCACUUGCACACGCACUCUGGUUUUUUCAUAUGCUCUGUGUGAGAAUGUGAGAGAAAAAUCUAAUUGUUGGGCACCAGUUAUUGCAAGUCUCAAGACUACCAGAGGUAUUUAGAUUGUCCUUAUGCACAGCUGCAGGCAGAACUUGGGAUUCUGAAACACUUUUUUAUAAACUCUUAAAUAUUUUUGACAAUAACUUGCUAAACCCAGGAUUCUGAGGAUGACAUUUACUCCAGUGUUUUAAACUUGUUAGAUUCACAGCAUUUGAAGUGAAUUCCAAAAGUCCAGGAGUUUGAGGCGGAUGGGUUUAUUCACAUGCAUGCACACAGACAGACACACGUGUGUGUAGGUGCCCUUCAAAAGAAGUGCAAUACCAGAUGUAAUAUAAAUGUGCUGACAGUUGGUAUUAGAGUAUAACUUUAUAAAUAAACUGUACUUUGUACAGGCUGUAUUUAUGAAGUAUUGAGUGAUUGGAUUCAUUUAGCAAAUUGUAAUACGUUAAAAAUGUGCAAUCAGUUAUAUUCUAGAAGACAUGGAUAACGGUGAAUUGGGGAUUGUAAAACCAAGGCUUUUAUUUGGUCUUUUAAGACAAUUUUGUAGUCAUUUGAUUCCUAGUUAGUUAUUAAACACAGAGGUACUAAAUCAUGUGGUAAAACGCUUCAUGAAAAAUACAAAGAUUUGUAUGGGGAAAUAUGGCUAGUCUUAUCUCUACUGAACAUUUUAGAGCAAUCCAGCAGAAUUCACAUGUCCCUUUGCUCAGAUGCGAGUGUUUUCACUAAGUUGUAGUUACUAGAACAUAACUACCCUUAUGUGUAUUUAUUAUUAGUGUACAGUCAACCCAUUCUAAUGUUCUAGAGUUUUUUAAAAUUGGGGAUUAGUUACAGCAAGAAAUUCAGUUAAAUUAUACAAAUCUGAAACUCUGAGGGCGGUAAUUCAUGAUUUAACAGAGAGAUGCGUGUUACUCAAGUGCCACAUUAAGUGCUACAUUAAUUACCCUUCUGAUUCCCCUUGUAUUGAGACAACAUAUUGCCCUAUAGAGAGAUGCCUUUUAGGACCCGAAUUAAAAGGUCCAAUCAAGCUUAUUGGAUUUUAUGGGCCAGAUUCUCCAUAUUUUGCACCUUGGUGUUAAAUGCUGCCAUAUUAGAAUGGUAGUGUUUGCACCCACUUUGCACCUGUUGUAGGGCUGUGAAGAAUCAGGCCCAAUAUCUUCAAGAGUUACUGCGACCAACCACUGCAAAAACUAUAAAAGAGUUUCUUAUGUGCAUGCUAGAAGAAAGCAAACUGAGUAGCCAACCCAGGUAUACUAGGGCUUGGGGUAACUUUAGAAUUAAACAAAAUGGAAGCAUGGGAAGAUAAUGGAUGGAGGUGUGGGGUUUGAAACAGUUGUUCACAGUAACAAGAAAGUAUAUUUAAAGAAAAAAAGUUGACCCUAAAUAUACUAAGCCCUAUUCUCCUCUCAAUUACACCAGUUUUAUAUUGAUAUGAGUCCAUUGACUUUAAUGAGGUUACUCCUAAUUUAGACUAGUGUGUGUGAGAGAAUUAAACCCACUAUCUCAGCUACAGAAAAAGGAUCCUGAAUUCAUAGGUGACUGAGCUGUAGAUUUCGUUAGACUGUUUGGAAUUUGAUUUUUUUUAAAUAGUUUUUUUUUUUUUUUUUUACAGUUGACAUUUAACCUGAAUAGAGGUUUGAAAAUCUUCCCUUUGUUCUGAAUACCAGCUGUGCAAACACUAAAAUAGUUGAUUUUGUGCUUGGACCGAAUCUAAGCAUCUUGCUCCAGCAAAACUCCCAUAGAAGCCUAUCGGAGUCAGGAGUCCAGGAUUUGUCCUUACAUUUUAUUACAAAGCCAUUAGAAAAAAGUGACUUAGGGAAUACGUAUUGAAUUGUAAAACAAUGUAACUAUUUUUUUUCCCAACUGUGAAACUACACAUUUGUUUCAAUGACAAAACAGGCUGCUGCUGAUUUUAUUUUUCCGUUGAAAUAUAUUUGUUUUCCAAAAAGUUGCAGAAGAAACUCCUGUACUGACUUACAUAUGCAUACUUUUCUGUUCUUCAGGAGUGCAUCAGUAGUUUCUUCAUGGGUAAAAUACCGUCUAACAGUAUAAUUUAAUUUAUAAAAAGCAUUUAAACAAAACCAAAAUUGUAAGUGGUUUGGCAUCUUGUGGAAAAAAUAUAAAACGCCUAGAUCUUCAGGGCACUGUCAGAAUUAUGCAGCAUGUAAAGAACUUUGUAUUUGAUGACCUCUGUGGUUAUUUUUUCUCUUGUAAAGUCAUCUAAGCCCCAUACUGGUCAGUAGCCCAUGUUUGUUAAUUUUGGGGACAUUUUAUUUGCUUUGUCAUUUUAUAACUGACAUACUCAAUAUUUGUGCUGAACAAUAAUUGUGAUUUCCUCCUGUUUUUCAUGUCUGUACAGGUUACAGACCUAGGCUGGACCAGUUUAAAAACAAAAAAGCCACUUGAAAUUAUGAUGUAUUGGGAGGUCAGACAUCUUUAAAAUGCUUCAAUUUAAAGAAAACUGUGUGGUAUUGGAGAGGAUUGUGAUAUACUGCUUCUAAGGUUUUUUGUUUAAAAAUACAACUUCCAUAUUUCAUUUUUUAAAGGUU